CUUUUUUUUUUUUUAAUAGGCCUUUCUAAGGCUUUUUGUUUUUGUUUUUGUUUUUUUUUUCCCUUCGUCUCAAGAGAUCAAUCACAGUCUCUCUCGUCUCGCCGGAGUUUCGUCUCACCGGAGUGUCGAUUUAUUCAUACCUCCUCGGAACCAUGAACUCUCCUGACCUAGAUGAGCAACUAGAAGCCGAAGUGUACAGUAACUUGCCUUCUCGAAACGAUUCUUCAACAGUGAGGAGAAAUCGAAGCUCGGGUAGAUCGAAACAUUCAGAGACAGAGCAACGAAGAAGAAGCAAAAUCAAUGAAAGGUUUCAGAGUUUAAUGGAUAUUAUACCUCAGAAUCAAAAUGAUCAGAAACGUGAUAAAGCUUCUUUCUUGUUGGAGGUUAUAGAGUAUAUUCACUUUCUUCAAGAAAAAGUUCAGAUGUAUGAAGGUGCUCACCAAAUGUGGUUUCAAACCCAAACCAAACUGAUUCCUUGGGGAAAUAAUCUUGGGUCUGUUGUGGAGGUUGGUGACCAUCCUCAACUCGGUAAAAGCUUUUCUUGUAAUGAUGAAGUUGCUGCUUCUUCUGGUUUCCUCUUGGAUAUGCAAAAUUCUGUGGAUUCUGAUAUCGACCCAGCAGUUAGUACCAAGAUUUUUGAACACAGUCCUAUUUCAGCUUAUGUACCUACCGAGCCUUUGCCGCAGUUUGUUCAGCAUGACUUUUGGCAGCCAAAACCAAGCUGUGGACCAAUUACUUGCAAUACGAAUGAACUGGUAAACUCGGAAGAUAAAACAUCAUCCAGCUUGUCCACUGUCUGCUCACAAAGGGUACUACACACACUGACUGAAUCAUUUAAGUCAUCAGGUGUCAACAUGUCAGAGACUGUGAUUUCUGUGCAGUUAAGCCUUCGGAAAAGAGCAGAUCGUGAGUAUUCUGUCGCUGCAUUUGGUUCUGAGGAUAAGUGUGAUAGCAUCGCGGAUGAAGAAGGGAAUUCUCCUACUGAAACAAGAAGCUACUGCAAAGAUUUAAAUCUUUCCGAGAAGAGAAUAAGACGAUAAAAAAUCUGGUUUUCUACUUUCAACUUUAUCACUGUUCGAUAUUUGUUAUCAGUUUAGUCGGGUUCAAUUCGGUCCAGGGUAUCAGUAGGUUUAGAUUGGUGUAUAUAGUUGUGCUACUUCUGUCUAGCUGCAACUAUUCUCAUGAUGUAGUAAAGACUAAGUAGAAAAGAAGAGUGUAGCAACUUUCAAAAAUCCAUAAGCAGAGAUUGCUCCAUCUAAUGGCAUUUUUUCAAGUAUAUGGUCUCCUAAAUAAAUAGCUUAUUGCCCUUCU